UCUCUCUCUCUCUCCUAGGGUUUCUUGUUAGACACUGAAAGUCUUGCAAUCACCAGAAUUUUCACGCUCUCUAGACCUUAUAGGUCAAUUGUCUCAGUUCGAAGCGCAGCUUUCAAGUCAAAGAUGGAAGGAGGUAAUCUGGAGGCCCAAAUAGAGGCGUUGUUGAAUGUGGAGAAGCAGAUGAGACUCAACGGCGAUGUGGCCGGAACCAGGAAGGCAGUCACUGAAAUUCUUCAACUGUGCUUCGAAGCUCGUGCUUGGAAAACCCUCAAUGACCAGAUUGUAUUGUUAUCCAAGCGACGUGGUCAAUUGAAGCAGGCAGUAACUGCGAUGGUCCAGCAAGCAAUGCUAUAUAUUGAUGACACACCAGAUCUUGAAACUAAGAUAGAGCUCAUUAAAACCCUUAACAGUGUAUCUGCAGGGAAGAUAUAUGUUGAGAUUGAGAGGGCCCGUUUAGUCAAGAAACUUGCAAAGAUUAAGGAAGGACAAGGGCUUAUAGCUGAGGCUGCUGAUUUGAUGCAAGAAAUUGCGGUGGAAACAUUUGGUGCAAUGGCAAAAACAGAAAAAAUAGCUUUCAUUCUUGAACAAGUUCGUCUAUGUUUAGACCGCCAAGAUUACGUGCGUGCACAAAUCCUCUCAAGAAAGAUAAGUCCAAGAGUUUUUGACGCUGAUACUAAAGAAAAGAAAAAACCCAAAGAGGGUGAAAAUGUUGUAGAAGAGCCUCCAGCUGAGAUACCAUCGCUGUUGGGGUUGAAACGGAUCUACUAUGAAUUAAUGAUAAGAUAUCACUCACAUAGCAAUGACUACCUCGAAAUGUGCCGUUGUUACAAGGCAAUAUAUGAGACGCCCUCUGUCAAAGAAGACCCAGCUCAGUGGAUACCGGUGCUGAGGAAAAUAUGCUGGUACUUGGUUUUGUCACCACAUGAUCCUAUGCAAUCAAGCCUUCUAAACUCUACCUUGGAGGACAAGAAUCUUUCUGAGGUUCCUCAUUUUAGGCUGCUGUUAAAACAGUUAAUUACUAUGGAGGUCAUUCAGUGGACAGUUUUGUGGAAUAAAUUCAAGGAUGAGUUUGAAAAUGAAAAGAACAUGCUUGGUGGGCCUUUAGGUGACAAAGCAGGUGAAGAUCUUAGAGAGAGAGUAAUAGAACAUAACAUUCUUGUUGUCUCAAAGUAUUAUUCACGGAUUACCUUGAAUAGACUUGCAGAUCUGCUGUGUCUCAGUGUGCAGGAAGCUGAAAAGCAUCUUUCAGAUAUGGUUGUAUCUAAAGCGCUGGUGGCAAAGAUUGACAGGCCAAUGGGUAUAAUCUGUUUCCAGAGUGCGAAGGACAGUAAUGACAUUUUAAACUCAUGGGCUAUGAAUUUGGAGAAACUGCUUGACCUUGUGGAGAAGAGUUGUCACCAAAUCCACAAGGAAAUGAUGGUUCACAAAGCUGCCUUGAAAGUUUGAAAUGUUCAUUUGGCCAAGUCUGCAGGUUGGCCUUUGUUUUCCUCAGUUUUGAGGGCCAAGAGUGGGAACCAAAAUGGGGUCUCUUGUAGCAAUGAAAGAUAUUAUGCGUGGUGCUCUGCUUUUUCCCUCCUUUGGCUUUGUUUAAAAUCUUACAUUCACAUGGUUUCUGCCUUCUGGCUUGUGUGAUUUUUUUAGUACUUUUGUGAUCCAUUCUUUGUAAUCAAUAGAUUUAUACUUGUGCUGUGAACUAAUCAUGUCUAUGUGCUUGUCUUUGGUUACACACACAACAAUUAUGUAUGAAUCAGGAUAGGGAUUAUAAUUUGAUUUCACCUGUCCUCUUAAACCCUUGGUCUAUGUGGAUGUCUGUUUGAGGCUGAUUGUGAAUUUUAGCCCCAUUUUUUUUUAUUUGGGGUCACAAUCAAAAUCUUUUAGGCUGAGAAACAGAUUUUG